AUGUCUAAGGCUGAUAAUUCAUCGACUAUCGCAGCAACAACACCAUCAGCUCAGGGGAAUGAUAAGAACAAUAAUACUAAAGAUGGUAAACAAAAAGCUGACUCUGAACGAAGAACAUCAAAUGUCAGUAGUGGUAGAAUGGGUAAUAUAAGAAAUAAAUUUGAAUCUGGUGAAGUAAAUAAUGACAAGAAGAAAGGUAAAAAGAAAUCUGUUCCGAAAAUGAAAUAUGCUGGCGUUGAAUCAGCCAAAACGAAAUUUAUUGAAGAAGCUACAAAAGCCACUACGGGUAAUAUAGAUAAUGGACCUAGAAAGCCAAAAGAAUUUACACCACCACCAGAUGGUGUUGCUGUUGGCAUUUUAGAAAAUGAUAUGUUUGAACCUGUAGAUUUGAAAGAAAUCAGCGAGAAGACAAAAAAUCUAAGAGCUAAAUUCCGAAAUAUGGAAGCAACCGGUGGACAGAGUUUAGAUGAAGAGAAUCGUAAAAAGAGUUCAUUCAUUGAUGAAUCAAUGACAGUUGCACCAGAAGCUACAAGAAAUGCUAGAGCACGUUGGAAAGAUAUUGAAAGUGGUAAAACUGACAAAGAUGUUUCAUCAGAACGACCAAAAUUUGAUAUACAUGAUGGUUACGGAGGUGUAUAUGAGAAUGAACCUGAAAAAUUUGAAAAUAUCGCUAGGGCUGGUGAUAUGAAAAAUGAUCUACCCUCUGGUAUAAGUGCAAAAGAAAGAAGAGAAUUAUUCCUAAAGAAAGCGGCUGAUACUUCAGUUGUCAAAAGAGACAGUAUAAAACUUAUAGAUAUUAAUGCUGCAGAAAGUGGAAUAUACGAGAAUGAACCAACACGUCUAGACAAUGUAAUACGCUAUGAUGAUGAUCAAGCAGAUGAUUAUCCAAAUAAUUCUAAAACACCACGUAGUAAGACUAUUUUAUUAGUUGAAGAAAAUCAUACAAAUGGUAAUGAUGGAGCAGACAAACAAGCUCGAUAUGCUACACAAGCUAAGCAAGCUUUCUUAGAGCGUCAAAAACAAGCAGAAGAAGCCGCAAAAAAUAAAAGUAGACCAGAAAUUAUUGAUAUAUGGCGAGAACAAUGUCCACACAGUGGUGUAUUUGAAAAUGUACCCGCUGCGCAUACAGCUGACGUGGUUGUCACAGAUGAGUCUGAAGAAGAAGAAGAAGAGGACGACGACGACGACGAAGAUGAGGAAGAAGAAGAGGAGUGA